AUGUCGCUCGUCGCAGGCUACGCCGCCUGCACCCUCGGGGCCCUCUCCAUGCUCCUAUGCGUCUCGCUCGUUCCGCAGAUCUACCAGCAGGUCUCGAUGCUCCGCGACGAGCUUACCACCGAAAUGGAGGCGUGGAGACUCGAGUCCGACCAGCUCUACAUGGACAUGCAAAAGUUUGGCCGUGUCCGUCGUCAGGCUUACGGAGGAUACGGAGGAUACGGAAGCGGACCGUCUGGACCAUCAGGACCAUCGGGACCACACAGCGGAUUCCCAGGAGGACCACAGGCAGGAUUCCCGGGUGGAACCCCAGGAUCUUCGAACCCACCGACUCUUCCAGGAGUGAUCGGAGUGCCACCAUCGGUCACCGGACACCCGGGAGGCUCCCCGAUCAACCCAGACGGAUCCCCGUCCGCCGGACCCGGAGACAAGUGCAACUGCAACACCGAAAACUCGUGCCCAGCCGGACCAGCUGGACCAAAGGGAACCCCAGGACAUGACGGACCAGACGGAAUCCCAGGAGUUCCAGGAGUCGACGGAGAGGACGCCGACGACGCGAAGGCCCAGACCCAGCAGUACGAGGGAUGCUUCACGUGCCCGGCCGGCCCACAAGGACCACCCGGAUCGCAAGGAAAGCCAGGAGCCCGUGGAAUGCGCGGAGCCCGCGGACAAGCCGCCAUGCCAGGAAGAGACGGAUCCCCAGGAAUGCCAGGAUCGCUCGGACCAGUUGGACCACCAGGAGCCGCCGGAGAGGAGGGACCGACCGGAGAGCCAGGAGCCGACGUCGAGCACCAGAUCGGACUCCCAGGAGCCAAGGGAACCCCGGGAGCACCGGGAGAGUCUGGAGACCAGGGAGAGCAGGGAGACCGCGGAGCGACCGGAAUCGCCGGACCACCAGGAGAGCGCGGACCGCAGGGAGACAAGGGAGACGACGGACCGAACGGAGCCGCCGGAAGCCCCGGAGAGGAGGGAGAGCCGGGACAGGACGCCCAGUACUGCCCGUGCCCGCAGAGAAACACGAACAGCGCCGUCUCCGGAAACCAGGGAUACAGACAAUAA